AUGCAGAGGAAAAAGCAUCGUGAAAAUCAAAGAAAAUAUCGACAACGACAAGCGGCUUUCAUGGUUGUGCUCGUGGACGACGUUCAUCAGCUCCACAAAGAGAUCAAGGAGCUCAAUCAUCGGCGCUAUUCUAUCAAAGGAACUUUGGGAAUGAACAGAGAUGUCUGGAGCAUAGCUGUCGCGUACUAUGCGUGUUUCAGCUUUGGCCUCCAGUUGAGCACCCAAGACGUCUCCAAGCAACUAGAGUUUGUGAGAUGUGCUAUGUCCCCCGACGUAGCCUUCAAUGGUGGAUUCGGUCCGGACGAGUUGCUGAAAAGCUGGAGUGUCUUUCAGUGGUUCAGCGACGUGGAAGUGAAUCUAAUGAGGUUAGUCAAGCAGAGCGAGCACUGUGUCGUGAUGAUCACGAGGGCUAACGUGACGAUCACGGAGCGAACCUUGUGCAAUCUGUUUCCGCAUUUGUGGGAGGGCGAAAGGAAAUACUACUCUGUUAGAACCAAUUUGGCGACCAAACUUCUCGAUCAACGAAUUGUCAUGGAUGGCAGGACAGUGUUUCGAUGGGACAGCGUCACCAACUCUAUGGCAAGCGUGAAUAGCGACAACGAUAUGCUGACACCGAUUUUCCACCUACUAGGUAACCUAAAGGAUGUGUCAUUGGUAUUUGAUCAAGGACUUGUGUCUCCUGAUUUCCAGUGGAAAUACUCACCAUAA